AUGCCACGCUCGAAAGCUAGCCUUGGUGUACCAUGCACCAACUGCGUCGCCUUCUCGAUCGAAUGCAAGAUCCCUUCUCCACGGCGGAAGAAGAACCAGGCCAAGUCCAAGGAUGGAAGCGAGGAACGCCGUGAGCAAGGUAACGAGGACGACUCGAAAGAUGAAAAGGCUGAAAGCAAAGUGAAGCCUGCAGAUGGCAUGCCAGUCACAACUUUUACGGAAGCCCAGCAAGCCCAGCAGGCAUCACACAAUACAUCCUACGCCCAGUUCAUGAAACCCAAGUUUGCCCGUGCUCCCAUCACAGAGGCUGGCCGUGUCGCAUACCUAGGCGAAUCAUCAAACCUCACCUUGCUCGUCCAAGACCGCCAUGGCACCACAGAUGUCGUCCACUACCCGCUACCGGAAGGCCUGCGUGGCUCGCGCUCUCGCCUCACCGAACUCGAUAACUUCGAGAUAGACAUCCUCAACCAACGUGGUGCCUUCUUACUCCCUCCUCGUGCUCUGUGCGACGAGCUUGUGGACGCUUACUUCAAAUGGGUCGCUCCGGUCGUACCGCUAAUCAACAGAAGCAGAUUCAUGAGACAGUACCGGGAUCCCAAGAAUCCGCCUUCUCUGUUGCUCUUGCAGGCGAUUUUAUUAGCUGGUUCGAGGGUGUGCACCAAUCCGCAGCUCAUGGAUGCAAAUGGAUCCACUACACCGGCCGCUAUGACCUUCUAUAAGCGUGCAAAAGCGCUGUAUGAUGCUAACUAUGAAGAUGAUAGAGUUACCAUCGUCCAGGCUUUGUUGUUGAUGGGCUGGUACUGGGAAGGUCCCGAGGAUGUAACGAAGAAUGUUUUCUUCUGGACAAGGGUUGCAAUCAUCAUUGCCCAGGGGUCUGGAAUGCAUAGAAGCGUGGAAACAUCUCAGCUAAGUCGGCCAGACAAACGUCUAUGGAAACGUGUAUGGUGGACGCUGUUCACCCGAGACCGAUCUGUUGCGGUUGCGCUGGGACGUCCAGUAAACAUCAACACAGAUGACUCGGACGUGGAAAUGCUCACGGAGGAUGAUUUCAUUGAAGAUGAUGCAAAUGGGCCAGCAGACUACCCACCUGAUUCCACUCAUGUUCAGUUCUUCCUCCAAUACGUCAAGCUAUGCGAAAUCAUGGGUCUGGUUCUCUCACAGCAGUACUCAGUGGCUUCCAAGUCAAGACGCACCAACGCCAUUGACUUGACACACAGCGACAUGGCGUUGGCCGACUGGCUACAGAACUGUCCCAAGGAAGUAUACUGGGAGCGAUCACGACACCACUUCUGGUCUGCUCUGCUACACUCAAACUACUAUACCACCUUAUGUCUACUUCAUCGAGCCCAUAUGCCUCCUGCAACUGCUGGUCAGAACGCGGGAAACGAUGGAAUAUCAUAUCCUUCCCGCACAAUUGCAUUCCAAGCUGCAGCCAUGAUCACAUCAAUUACAGAGAGCCUACAAAAGCAUCAACAGAUUCGCUUUGCACCUGCGUUCAUUUUGUUCUCUGCACUGAUUAUGCAUGUAUAUCAAAUGCGGUCGUCUGUCCCUAGUAUAGUUGCGACAAGCCAGGAGAGGAUCAACAUAUGCAUGUCGGCACUCAAAGAUGUUUCGAAAGUAUGGCUUGUUGCCAAAAUGGUACAUACCCUAUUCGAAUCCAUCCUGGGCAACAAAGCUCUUGAAGAAAGGCUGCAGAAAGCUGCUGGUAAACGCCAUCAGAAGGCAAGACGACAGCAACAACAGCCACAGCCACAGCCACAGUCACAGCAACAGCAGCAGCAGCAGCAACAACAACAACAAGAGGCGCUGAAACGGCCUGAUCCACCCAAGAGGAAGUUCGACGAAAUGGAUAUAACUAUGCCCAACGGGCCUCCUGCAGCUCAGGUAUCAUAUGAACGAUCGAGGCCACAGACUCCAGCUGCAACGCCGUCAAUCACUCCAAGCCAAUUACCGGGAAACGUGUCUGGACCUGCAGCUGGAAAUACACAGCAGCACCAACAGCAUCAACGUAUGCCGACAGAUAAUACCUUCGUCGGAACCGGCAACGGUGCCACUGGCAUUGGAACAGGCAAUACCCGUCCAACUUCCCCCUUCAACCCAGCUCUAUCAAUUCCACAGUCUCCACCAGAUCUAUUCCUCGUCACUCGCAACUCACCCAGCAUCUCUCAAUCUUUAUGGGAAAACUUUCAACCUGACCAACUAUUCCCGGACGGCACCAACAUGUCUUUCCCCGGCUUCUCACCUUCCUCCACAAAUGUUGACCCACAGCUUCAAAUGCCUAGUUUGAACAACACGGCUAUGCCCAUGGGUAUGCCGAAUCAAACGCAUCUUUCGCCACGGGCUGCGCAGAGUCCGACUCUCAUGGCUGGUUUGGGCCGCAUGUCGCCACAGCACCAGAUGGGUCAGGGAGUACCGAUGCAGGGACAAUGGCCUAUGCAGACGUUCGAUCCGAAUGUCCCCAUGGAUGCAUCCAGCCAGGAUGACAACUGGAGAGAUACCCUUUUCCUUGCCCUGCUGUAUACCGUCUCUCUCUCUCUCUCUUUUACUCUCUGGAGCAUAUUCAAAUGGGAAAGGGUUAACCGUCAAGUUUGGCUAUUUUUAUACUCUAUCGAGGGCGAGUCAUGUGAUGCCGGCCUGCGCAAACGCCGAGCUGGUGGCCAAAAUACGACAGCAAAGAAGAACAACGACGACGACGACGACAACGACGACGACGACGACAACGACGACGAACAAGCAAAAGCCAGCAUCAAACAGCCAAACGACUGCCUGCACCAGCCGAGGACAGCUUGUGAAGACAGCUGUGCCCUUGCCGUCGAUCUUGCCUACCUGUCCUGA